AUGAACGGCGAGUCGGUUGCUCCAAGCUGCGUACCUUCAUGUAACCUACAAUCAGGCUUAGUCGAUAAGAGUUGUUUAGAUUUGGGCGGGCUAGGUUUUGAGCUCGUAGCACUGACCGUGUCCCCUGCACUUGGUGUCCUAGAUUUCUUUAGGAGGACUCUUAGAACAAGAGCGCCCAACCAUAGGUUUUAUGUACCUUCCUCUGUAACUAAGAAAUCGGGUUCACAAUUUACUAAUACAAAACAUAUUCUACAAUAUCUGUCAGAUAUUGACGAUUGCAUGAAUACGUUUCAACUUAGAACCUGGAUAUAUGAUUAUGCAAUCGAAUGGAUUCCAUUUGAUAGAUUACCUAAU